ACACAGCGAGCGAGAGACACCGCAGGAGAAGAGGAGAGGGACAGGGAGAGUGAACGGGUGAAGGGACAGACGCAGAGUGGAGGAUUUUCAAAGCCAGUGAACUGGGUGAGAGGAGAAGAUGACCGCUGCAUCUCAGAAAAAGAGUGAGUGAGUGAAGGAGGGAGGGAGGGAGGGAGAGGUAGACAUUAAGUGGGGAGGACUGUGCAGGGUGACAAAAGUGAGAAAAGGGUGAGACAGCGGGGGUGCAAAAAAAAAAAAAAAAAAAUCAAGGCACCGAAAAAGAUCCUUGGAUGGUUGACAAAAUAAGAGAUUUGCGCUCUUCAAAACAGGACAGAGUGUAACAGCAACAGCUUCCACUGAUUCAGGUCAGUGGUUCCUGUUUGUUCUGUAACAGUGGGAAGUAAAAGGCGGGGAAAAAGCAAACAAGGCCAGGUAAUGAGAAAUAAUUAACCGACUGGGGGAAGAGGACAGAGGAAUCUCUUUUGGAGCAUAUAGUUUUCUCCACCGGGCUACAUUGUUGUGAUAUAAAGUUUGGAGCACUUUGAAUAGAGGGAGUGGGAAGAGAGGGAGAGGGAGAAAGGCUGAGAGAGAGAGAGAGAGAGAGAGAGAGAGAGAGAGAGAGAGAGAGACUCAAAGACCAAAAAAGGUCUGGAGUCAGAGCUGGAGAAAUUGCAGGCUUGACAGAUGCUGCACAGCCAUGGAGAGAGAAGAAUAAGGAGAGAGAGAGAGAGAGGGAGAGAGAGAGAAAGAGAGAGAGAGAGAGGACAGACAUAUAAAGACAAAUAGGACCGGAAAGAUUAAAUAAAGAAAAAAAAAAAAAAACAGACCGACAAGCAGAUUAGGAGCAAAAGGGAAGGGAAAUAACAAACCAACGGGAACAUGAAAUGUGAAAAGAGGAUGCAUGUGUAGGAAACACACCCUCCCAUACUGUGAUUAAGCAGAGUAAAAAAAAAAAAAAGAGAGAGAGAGACAGACAGAGAGAGAGACAGGUCAGGAGGAGGUGGGGGGGGUGGGUGGUCAUCCAGAGAGACAUCCAGAGGGGUGAGGGGAGCCGUCCAAAAAAGAUAGGCGAGGGUGGGCCGUUACAGUAAGUGUGAUAGAGUGCAAGAGAGCAGCCGGAGUGACUGUAAAACCACAAGGCAGGACGAGACCCAGCCUGCCUUCACUGUAACUCCGAGACUUGAGAGCCAGACACCCGGGCACCGAUGGACACCGGGGGUCCACUGGAGCGCUGAACCCGACCGAGGCCCCUCACCCGCCGGGCGUCAUGUCGACGGGCCCUGGCCUCGGGGAGCCGGGCCUGGCCGAGGGCACCCAGGCCACAGGACCGGUGGGGCUCCAGACUCUGCUGGACCUGCUGGUGGGCGUCUACCAGGAGUUCUGCUCCUCGCACCUCGCAAGGGAGAAGUAUGUCUCAGGUUUCUUGCAAUGGGCGGAGCCCCUGGUGAGGCAGGUGAAGAGGACUCGCAUCAAGAGAGAUGACUUCCACAUCUUGAAGGUGAUUGGCCGAGGCACUUUCAGCGAGGUUGCUGUGGCAAGGAUGCGACGCACACAACAAGUUUAUGCUCUGAAGAUUAUGAACAAGUGGGACAUGCUGAGGCGAGGGGAGACGGCGUGUUACCAGGAGGAAAGGGAAGUGUUGCUGAAGGGAGACAGACGGUGGAUCACAGAGUUGCACUACGCCUUUCAGGACGACAACUACCUGUACUUGGUGAUGGACUACUACGUGGGAGGUGACCUGCUGACGCUGCUCAGUAAGUUUGGAGACCGGAUCCCGGAGGACAUGGCUCAGUUCUACCUGGCUGAGAUGGUCAUGGCCAUCGACUCCGUCCACAGACUGGGUUACGUGCACAGAGACAUCAAACCCGACAACAUCCUGCUCACAGCAGAGGGACACAUCAGGCUCGGGGACUUUGGUUCCUGUUUGAGAGUGCUAGAGGACGGGAUGGUCCACUCGUCCCUAGCGGUCGGGACCCCUGACUAUUUGUCCCCAGAGAUACUGAGGGCAGUCGAAGGAGGGGGAGGCUACGGUCCCGAAUGUGACUGGUGGGCCCUGGGGAUCUGUGCCUAUGAGAUGCUGCUGGGGACCACACCCUUCUUCGCGGAUUCCAUCUCUGAGACAUAUGCUAAGAUAAUCCACUUUCAGGAGUAUUUUGAGUUCCCUCCAUCUGGCCCAGAGAUUUCAGACGAGGCUCGUUCUUUCAUCACGGGACUCAUCUGUGAGAGAGACGUUCGACUAGGGAGUAAAGGCUCCAGUGAUUUCAGGAGCCAUCCGUUUUUCUGUGGACUAGACUGGGGUUCCCUCCAUAAGAUCCCCGCCCCGUUCUUACCCGAAGUAUCUAAUCCCACCGACACCUCCAACUUUGACAUUUUGGACGACGGCCUAAGUGAAAUGGAGACGCUGUCCGAUGUAAUGGACAGAGCUCCAGUUGGGGUACACUUGGCUUUUGUCGGAUACUCUUACACGGCAACCAGCCAGACAGGUGCCAUCGACCGCAGUCACGACAUCAUGAUGCAGAUUGACCACAGGACACUCAGGGAGCGCGAGGGCCUUUACUCCCCAGAGAAACUGAGUGAACUGUGGCAGCUCCGAGACACUCUGCCAGAUGACCUGCCUGCCUUGCUGGAGCUUCCUCUAACCCUGGAGCAAGGCACUACAGCAUCCACACACACCACAACAGAGGAGGAAGAGGAGGCCGACCAAAUAUCAGGGCUUGAUGAAGAUUUGCACAGACGGCUGCAGGAAGCAGAGAGGAGAUACUGCGAGCUGGAAAAAGAGAUGGAGAGACUGAAGGGGGAGAUCCAGGACUGGAGGGCCCCCAAGGAGACAGAGCUGAGUAUCUGCCCAGCAUCUCUUGCUCUGCCUGCCCACUGUGUGGACGCACCAGGGGAUAGGGAGAGAGCGCCCCCUGCCUGUCAUUACCCGCUGGUGAUUCCUCGACACCGCCACCUGCUCCUGUUUCACAGGGUCCGCCUGCCACAGGUGAGGAGUGAGUCGUACCUGCUGGUGUGUGCAGAAGGGGGGGAGCUCCAAGCUUGGGAGAGACAGUGUUCCACCGAGCUUUCCUGAUCACACCUCGGGGUGUCGCCCGCUGACAUGAGAACAGGAGGCCGCCCCUGCUCUAUGGUCACUCCCGCCCGCCCCCCCUUUCUAAACCUCCUAAGCUUCCCAAGAAGAAGGAAAAGUGGAACAAAAACCAACCAAAACCAAAAAACAAGAGCUGUUGAGACACAUUUACUGUACAGGAGAUGACUGUUUCAUAAAGCAGCCUGGAGGAUUUUUCUGCAGGGCGACGUUUCCCGGUUGAUGAGGUGGGAGAGGCACGUCAGACGUCUGCAGGGUGGUUUGUUUAACGGACCAGAAAGGAAUUAUGAAGGCCGUCUGCUGGACUACCACGCCUGCUGUAGCACAGAUACACUGAAUCCAGAGCAUACUGAGAAAAAGAGACUGCUUAAUUCAGUGUCGCGCAAUGAAAAUGAUGAUGAUGAUGAUGUGGAUUUGAGUGACACUGACAGGGUCCAGGGAGAUCCAUGAGCUUACUAUCUCCAGCCAAGUUAGACCAUAUUGGUGCAUUUAGAUGUUACAGUGAAUACGAUUUAUCUUUUAUAUCCUGUGUUUGCACCUAGAGGUGGUUUGUACUUGUUGUGUUGCACUACUAUAGGCAUGUUUUUGUUGUGCCUGUUUUAGUAUUCAAGAGGUUUAUAAAAAACAAAAAAACUAUCUGGCUUUUAAUGGUAUUUUAAUGGUUUAUGCAUUUUAACUUAGGGCCAUACUUACAUGGGUUAUUUCAGCAUGAAGGGUGUGCAGCAUGAUUAAAGGAAUACAGGUAGAACUGAGGAGUAAAGUAAGAUUUUGGUUCAAAUGCCAUAUUGCAGGGUGUGGUGUGAGAAUUCAUUUUCAUUAAAGUGAUAAUCCGGGAGAUGCUGUUUUCUUUUUUCUAGUGACACCUUUGGUGAAAUGUGGUCAUUGCUUUGGUGUUUUGCUUUUACUGUAGACACUGGCCCCAUAUAAUGCAAUAACAAAGACAGUCAAUGUCAGUGGUUCUCAAUCUGAGGGUCAGGAUCCCCUAGGGGGUCGCGGGUGGUUUGCAAGAUGAUUAAGACAUAGGGGAAAGAAAAAAACAUUUUUAGUAUGCAAAAACUUUUUUUUUUUUUUUUUUUUUUUCAGAGCUUACAGUUUUAGUUAGUAGUUUGUUUUUUGGGGGGGAUUGAAUAUGGAGUAGUUUAGAAGCAAGUACUUUAGAAGCAAGUGCUCCUCUGAUAAUUAAGCAGAUGAAGCAAACUGAAAAGGUCGGUCAUUCAACAUCAUUCUUUGGGUGUUGAUCUAAAGAAUGUACCUGCAUAUGCAGCCUGUGACAGAGGGGCCUGGGUAGGUAUUGCCUUGUUUUUAUGGGUCACAAGCCAAAAAGAUUUGAGAACCACUGGCCAGCCAUCGGAACCACUGGUGGAACCACUGCAGCUAAUAAACAAUAGCAAAAGCUACCAAUUCAAAAGAAAGGCUAUAAUGUAUUUUACAGAGAAUAAGAAUAUAUGUAAGGUAGACGAAAGAGUUCAGCCAAUACUAACAUAUCUGUGCUUUAACACUUAGGACUAAGUCUGGGGUAAUGCUAUCAAUUUUUCAGGUUCACCUGAAUUAGAAUCAGCAUCAGUGUUUUAUUAUCCCUGCUGUUCAGUGGCUCCCUUUUUACUGCAGGUUAAGAUCAGGCAGUACAUAUCAAGAAUAUUUAUAUCAAUCAAUGAAGUGAAGGAGUAGUGGUUAUAGUAGUGAGGCAGCAGAAAUGGAAAUAGUCAGCUACAACUUAUUUCAUUAGGCAUUUUAUUCUCAAAGGAGAAUGAGUGUUUCCCCUGUUACCUUCUUUAUCACAGCAAAUGGGAGCAUUUUGGAUUUCUUUGAGGCCUAUAAGAGAAUAUAUGGUGAUGUGAUGUGACUUUUAAAUAUCUGAUAUUGUAUGUUUUUAGGCUGUUAUGGACAGGCUACAAGAGUGUAAAAUAUAAACAACAAUCGGUCAGUUUGGCAAGGUGUUGAAUCCAUUUCUCUAGAAAACAUUAUAGCCUACAGUCUUACAUCAUACAAACAUUUUGAUUCAGCUGAUUUUGAAAUAGCUUGUAAUCCUCUAAAGGUUUACAUGUGGCUGUAUCAGCCUGUGUGCUGAAGGUUUUGUCAUCUUUUUGAGACAAAUAUUGGGCUUUUCAGGUAGUCUACAUCUCACAAACAGGGUUUGGUAUUACAUUCAAUCUGCCAAACAGCAGCACACACAUCCUCACGCACAACAGAUGUCCUAGACCUGGCUUAGCACCACACAACCUUCCAUCAAGUGGAUUUGAUUAUUUUACAAGUACCAUACAUCAUCAUCACAUCAAAAAUCUGGUUAAAGCCACUAAAGCAAAAGGCUCUUCACAUUUUGCAAAACUGGUUCUUUGGUACGUGCUGUGAUCAUAGCAGAAUUAUUUUUUUUAUGUUAUAAGGCACCCACACUCAAAGACUCCUAACUGUUCUGACAAAAUUUUCUAGGACUCUGCAUCAACAUGUGUGGUUGUCUCAAUGUUUGCCUCAGCAGCAAAUUCCACCUCAUCAACUUUUUAAAUAGGAAGAGCCGAAGAACACCAAAAUCCACUUCAAAGAACCACCAGACAAAGAAGAGAACCAGAACUCUGCUGUGUGCACACAAAAUUCAAUACAAGUUGACGAUAUUACAGCAGCAUCUGCAAUUUGGUAUCAUUACCCUCUCGUAGUAUUCACUGUAGAAAUCAAGACAAUCACAGCGGCACCAGAAUGAGACGAGGGCAGAAACUAGGCUACAGGAGAGUGUUCAGCUCUCACCAUUCAGGGUAUAUAUGGAUAAUGUGACAACUAUAACUACAACAUCUCUCUGUACACACUGUACUUGGCUGCUUCCCAAGUUUAAUGGUAACCUAAAAUGGACUGGGAUGAAAGUGAAGCUUGCAAAUAAGGAAGCAGCUGUAUUGUUCCAAGGAAACCAGUAACAAAUUCGACAUUUUCAGGGCUUAGAGUCAUGGUGUUUUUUACACAAACCCUACAGACAAACAGCAAACCACAUCAUCAGUUAAAAAAAAAAAAAAAAAAAAAAAGUCAUUAGAUGGAUUUAAAGUGUCAUGUACCUUUCAGCCAGAUUAUCUGCAUUUUGAAUGUCUUGAACAUCUGCAGCUCGUUGGCCAUGACGUCUCUCAACAUGUGGAUGUAGAGAGUAACAUUUCCUUACAUGCUGGCUUCAACCUCGCUGCUGUCCUCCUUUGUGUUGAGGGAUUACAUUCGGGUUCAAUUUAAUUAUUGAAAUGUCCUAUAUAAUGCUCUGUACUGACUUUGCUUAAGCCCUAUUUUUUUUCCAGCCGUCUCUAAAAUGUUGGAGAUCAGUUUGAUAGACCUAUUAAAUUUUAGCAAAUUA